AUGCCCCCGCCAGAAGAGCUUCGUAAAAAGGUUGGCCAGCUUUUUGCUGCUGGCUUUCACGGUCUCACUCCAGAUUCUAAAAUCAAGACAUUGAUCCGUAAUUAUGGGCUUGGGGCGAUCGUCCUGUUCAGAAGGAAUAUUCAGGAUGCAGCCCAACUUCAGGCCUUGACAAAUUCUCUUCAGCAAGAAGCAAAAAAUGCUGGCCAUGAAUACCCCUUACUCAUUGGUAUUGAUCAGGAAAAUGGUCUUGUAACUCGAGUCACGCCGCCCAUGGUGCCGCAGCAACCGGGGCUGAUGACCCUGGGAGCCACAGGAUCUCCCCAGUUUGCUUACGAGGUCGGAAAGGCAACGGGGGAGAUGCUUGAUUUCUUCGGCAUAAACAUGAACUAUGCCCCUGUUUGUGAUAUCAAUUCCGAACCCCUCAACCCAGUGAUAGGUGUGCGCAGUGCCGGAGAUGAGCCGAACUUUGUAUCCCGAAUCGCCAGUGCUUCUGCCCAGGGGCUUCGAGAGCGAGGUGUUGUACCUACUGUCAAGCAUUUUCCAGGCCACGGAGAUACUGCUGUUGAUUCCCAUUAUGGACUCCCAGUCAUCACCAAAUCGCGAAGUGAGCUUGAAAAGUGUGAAUUAAUACCAUUCAGGCGUGCUGUGGCCGAAGGUAUCGAGACAGUAAUGACAGCCCAUAUCGCCUUACCAAACAUUGGAUCGCAAGACCUACCAGCGACUUUGUCAUCAGAUGCAUUAAAUAUACUGCGAAAGGACAUGGAGUACGAUGGCGUCAUUAUUACCGACUGUCUUGAGAUGGACGGUAUUCGUGCGACCUUUGGCACUGCAGAGGGCGCCCUGAUGUCUUUGAAAGCUGGAAGCGAUAGCUUCAUGAUAUGCCAUACGUAUGGAGUGCAAGUAUCUGCCAUUAAUAGGAUUUUUCAAGCGGUGGAAUCUGGCGAAAUUCCUUCUUCCCGCAUCGAUGAAUCGCUGCGUCGAAUUACUGCCCUGAAAAAGCGUUACCUCAGUUGGGAGCAUUCUCUAGGCGUGUCAAACACGGAGCGUGACCUGGCCAAACUCAACGACAGGCAUCAAGAGAUCGCCAAAAAUGCAUAUACUCAUUCAGCAACAGUCGUAAGAAGCGAGGCCGGGGUGUUGCCAAUACCUCCAUCUUCUAAUGUUGUCCUCCUUUCCCCCGGAGGGAGGAUUCCCUCAAACGGAGCAGUUGACAAAAGCAGCCCGAGUCAUAUGACAUUUGUUGAUGUUCUAGAGGCUCGCGGUUUGUCCGUGACCGAGAUUCAAUAUUCAGAGUCCAGUCUUUUAGAGCAGCAAUGGAAAGUUGUCGCCGAAGCCAAUGCUGUGAUUCUAACAACCCGAAACGCGAGAGAAGCCGAGGAACAGCGCUCAAUUGCGUUUGAGCUCGCCAAACGACGAAAGGACCUUAUUGUUGUUGCAACCUGCAGUCCCUACGAUUUCUUGGAUGACACGGAAAUCGGAACGUAUCUUGCAAUCUAUGAGCCUACCGUAGAAGCAUUUUCAGCUGCCGUUGAUGUCAUUUGUGGAAAGGCUUCUGCAAAGGGAGGUUUGCCUGUUAAGAGUGAACUCGUGAAAGCGCAGAAAUCGAGCCUUUCUUUUCAUAUAUCGCCGUUUGUAUGCGAAAGAGAUAUAGAAGGAGUAUCAAAAGUAUGGAGUGCCGCACUUCCAGAGUACAACUUGCCAACGCACAAUCUACAAUUGCUGCUAGACCAGCCACAUGGAAACCAUCUCGUUGCGCGAGAGGGAGACACUGUUGUGGGGUUAUGCAUAGCGUAUAAUUCUGUCAACAGAGGAGUACCUUCGGCUGAAAUAGCAGCUCUUGCUGUAGACCCAGACAAGCAAGGCAAGGGUGUGGGCACACAACUUUUAUCUGAAUCCCGUGAAUGUUUUCGUGAAAAGCGUGGUUUGAAUAAUAUCACUUUGAGAAGUUAUUUCCCACGCUUUUGGCCUGGGUUGCCUGCCGAUUUGCCUUCAACCACACAAGAGUUCUUUGUCCACCGUGGAUUUCGGCUGAGUGAGCCAGAUAAUACUGAUGCCGACCUUUAUCAAAAUAUCAAGGAAUUCGUGCCACCUCGCAAGUAUCUUGAACACGCUAUCGCCUCUGGCUUCAGUUUCAAAGCCAUUACGCCGGAAACCUUUGACGAUUGUCUCGUUGGUCAGAAAAAGAACUUCACACAUUAUACGGGCUGGGUAGAAACAUACAUUGCCCUAGAUCCCAAAGAUCAUCCAUCAAGCAUUAUGGCGGCCUUUGAUAAGCACGGAGCUCAGAUUGGAUGGACGUUAAUGCUUUCUCCAGAAGAUCCGUACCUGAGCACAAACUGGGCCUGUCCUCUUAUUAUUGGGCCCGGAACUGGGAUAAUAGGCUGUGUAGGUGUAGACGCCGCGUAUCGCAGCCAAGGAGUUGGUCUUGCUAUGCUGUGCCAUGCUCUCGAAGACAUGAGGAACAGGGGUAUUGAAGCGGCUUUUGUAGAUUCGACGGACAUAGUCGACUGGUAUGCAAAAGUGGGCUUUUCAAAGUGGAAGGAGUAUCGUAAAGCUGAGAUUUGA